GAUUUAUGACCAUUCGCUCUCUGGUAGUGGGGCUGCAGGAGUUCCCGACUACGACGGCGAGGACCUGCAUGAGGCUCCUAGGCCACAUGGCGGCGGGCACUUACGUGGUCCAACACGCCAGGCUGCGCAUGCGCCCAUUGCAGGGGUGGCUCAAGGUAGCGCACAACCCCUUGAGGUCGCCGCUAGACGCGGUAGUGACCAUCCCUCAGGACAUUCUUCGUUCGCUGGACUGGUGGAAAGACGAGGGCACGGUGUGUGCGGGGGUCCGAUUCACCAAGCCGUCCCCAUCAGUGCAGCUGGUCACGGACGCUUUGGACGUGGGAUUGGGCGCUCACCUGGGCAACCUCAGGAUGCAAGUGGCGGAAAGGAUGUGUGGUCAGCCAGUCUUGGCACAGCGUAUAGCCUCGUGGAUUACUUCCUGCAUUCGACUGUGCUACGAAGGCGCUGGUAGACCAACGCCGCGCAUAACAGCACAUUCCACUAGAGCCCAGGCAACGUCGGCGGCGUUCCUGGCCUGCGUGCUGAUCUUGGAAAUCUGCAGGGCAGCAACCUGGUCAUCGGUGCACACCUUUGCAGAGCAUUAUGCAAUCACGCAGCUGGCCAGGGAGGAUGCUGCCGUCGGGAUGGCAGUUCUGUGUUCUGCAGAAUAAUAAAAUAGUAGUUGGUCACCUUCCGACCCUGCCUCCGGAGGGGGGACAUGGCUAGGGACUCACCUAAUCAGAAUGGACAUGAGCAAGCACUCGAAGAAGAA